AUCCUCUUGUGGUGUGGAAUAGACCAGAGUAGGAAACGGUGAGAGAUGCGGCUGAGGCACACAGAUCUAGUUGCAGGCCAAGUGCAACAGUGCUAAAAAUGGGACCAGUGGGUGCCGAGUCUGAUGAGAACCAGACAGUGGAAGAAACCAAGGUGGAGCAGUAUGGGGCAGGGCACACCACUCCAAGGGGUGAGCUGGCCCCUGACCCUGAGCCAGAGCUCAUAGACAGCACCAAGCUGGUUGAGGUACGUGUUAUCCUCAUACUGGCCUACUGCUCCAUCAUCUUGCUUGGGGUAGUUGGCAACUCUUUGGUGAUCCACGUGGUGAUCAAAUUCAAGAGCAUGCGUACAGUAACCAAUUUUUUUAUUGCCAACCUGGCCGUGGCGGAUCUUCUGGUGAAUACCUUGUGCCUACCAUUCACUCUUACCUAUACCUUAAUGGGGGAGUGGAAAAUGGGUCCUGUCCUGUGCCACCUGGUGCCAUAUGCCCAGGGCCUGGCAGUUCAGGUGUCCACCAUCACCUUGACUGUCAUUGCCCUUGACCGACAUCGGUGCAUCGUUUACCACCUAGAGAGCAAGAUCUCCAAGCGAAUCAGCUUCCUGAUUAUUGGCUUGGCUUGGGGCAUCAGUGCCCUCCUGGCAAGUCCCCUGGCCAUCUUCCGGGAGUACUCACUGAUUGAAAUUAUUCCAGACUUUGAGAUUGUGGCCUGUACUGAGAAAUGGCCUGGUGAGGAGAAGAGCAUGUAUGGCACUAUCUAUAGUCUUUCCACUUUGUUGAUUCUGUAUGUUUUGCCUCUGGGCAUCAUAUCUUUUUCCUAUACUCGUAUCUGGAGUAAACUCAAGAACCAUGUCAGCCCUGGAGCUGCAAAUGACCACUACCACCAGCGAAGGCAGAAAACCACCAAGAUGCUCGUGUGUGUGGUGGUGGUGUUUGCGGUCAGCUGGCUGCCCCUCCACGCCUUCCAACUUGCUGUUGACAUCGACCACCAUGUGCUGGACCUGAAGGAGUACAAACUCAUCUUCACGGUCUUCCACAUCAUCGCCAUGUGCUCCACCUUUGCCAACCCUCUUCUCUAUGGCUGGAUGAACAGCAACUACAGGAAGGCUUUCCUCUCAGCCUUCCGCUGUGAGCAGAGGUUGGAUGCCAUUCACUCGGAGGUGUCUGUGACACUCAAAUCUAAAAAGAACCUGGAAGUCAAAAAGCACAAUGGCCCCAGUGACUCUUUAUCUGAGGCUACCAAUGUCUAAGGAAACAGGUGUGAAAACUUAGGGAUGAAUUCUGACCAGAGCUAUCAACCUGAUUAAGGAAGGCUCACAGGUAUGCCGGAGUCUCCCAUUUUAAGGACAGAAAAGCAUCUUAAUGGAAGUAUUAGCAGCAUAAUUCCUGAAAAACUGAUAGGGCGAGCCUUGGUGAAUUUACUCGUAUUCAAAGGUAGGAACAACAAAAUGGUUUCAUUACCGCUGCUCAGACGGUAGAUUGAAUAGAGUCAAAACAGGGAGAAAUGCUUUUGACUCAUCUCCCAGAUGGAAGGCAAAGUGAACAAGAAAUUGACAUUAUCAGCAUUGCUAAAAGGUGGGAGUACAAUAAGUGAACUUUCAAGUCACAUCAGGACAAGUACUGGGGGUUCUGUUCUGUGUCCUCCCUGCUUCCCCCUCAUCUGAUGAAAAGUUUCUGAACACGAAUUUCUCUAGGGAGCCAUAGAUGCUCCUUUAUGGUGUUUGGUUUUAUUGUCCUUCUCAUAUGUGAA